CACAAGGGACAGUGACGUCACGUUUGGCCAGGUUACGCGUCUAAACAGACGUUCGUGCUUCGGCGGGCUGACCUGCCAUUUUUGAUCUGAUUCAAACUGGACGUGAGCAUCGCUCUUUUUGGGCCACAGACUGACACCUAAUUAGUUUAUCACGCUAUUCAGCCAUUCUGCGGGUGGAUUGUUAUCCUGUUUGACAAAUAUCACCAUGGAAGAAGACGAUCUAAGCGGUGAUGUGGACUUCGAUUUCUUUGAAGUGAACAGCACGUCCCACCGUUCCAUUUCCCCAGUGCCCGGAGGAGAUAGAGAUGUUUCUACGCAGCAGAAAAGUGCCGAUAGCAGAGGUAGGAAUGUAUCGGGGGACCAGAACAGUGUGAGGAGCGGUAGCAGCGUCAAAAUCACCGCGAAAAUUCCGACGGGCUCCCCCCGAUUGUCGGCGAGCUACAGCUCGGAUGAGUUCGACUCGGAGGGGGAGGGCAGCGGCAGUGAGAGUGACACUGGUGCGGGGAAACGGAGAACCCGAGCGACGACGCCUAGCCACGGUAAACAGCCUGUGAGUAACAAAAGCAUGGGCAGCGCCGCUAGCAAGCACAGUGUGACCAAAAGGGAGGUUUCACCAGAGUCAGACUCGCCCGUAGAAUCCCCGAGAAGUAGAUCGAGCUCUCGCAGUAGCUCCAGGGGGAGGAAGGAAUCCAGGUCGCGGUCCAGAUCCCGUUCAAGCUCGCGAAGCUCGGACAGUGUUACCGACGUUUCCCCGCUAUCCUCCCCCAACCUCAGCCCGGAGCUGCGCAGAAAAUCCCAGAAGGGCGUAGCGACCACCGAAAGUCAAAGUCAAGUGCGUCAUCACCGUCACCAGACAACUUCCCCCGGCUCUCGUGACAACCACCGGCACAGGAGAAAUCCAGGUGUUACAGGUAAAAGGCAGGUGAAAACAAUAGGUGUCGACCGCCAGGGCCAGGAGAGGCCCAUGCACAAAGAUGUACGGUUUAAAGAGGGAGACGACAAUGCGGUUGAGGAUAAAGACGAAGCAUUACUUCUCACCGAUGACUCAGACACCAUGGAACUUAACAGAUUACUUGCAGCGGUUCUUGACAUGGAGAAGAGGCCCAGAUCGGCGUCUGGCACGCCAACAACGGGCCAGCGUAGCAGGAAUAUGACAUUCAGUAACGACGAAG